GUCUUGGCAGCGAAGAUGUGGAUGCGUGUGACCCCACAACCCCAGCAUCAUCCGACUGCGGCCCGGAACUAAAUGGUUGUGGCAGGGGGAUGCGGUGACCAGCAGUCGCCAUCUCAGUAUGAGGACUUCAAAUUCAACACAGAUCCCACACAGGUAGCCGAGAGGGUCUCUCCUCCAUAACUUCCUGUCCUUCAGCUGCAUUCUCUGAGCUGUCAUCGUACAGAAACCGUCCAUCAUGAAACCGGGCGCAAUCACAUGCACCCUCGUUUCCUGCUGCACUGCAGCGGCAGGAGCAGCUACUAUCUCCGCUUCUAGCCACGAACUCAGCAUCCCAACGUCCUAUGAGUCGGCCGUCCUUGGACGGCGGAUCCUGGCUUUGACACCGCUCGGCACCAUCUCGACCGUCUUCCCGGAAGACAAACACGCCGAUGAUGUCACUCAUCGAGAGAACCGCCCCUCCGGACUGGGCGGUAUGCCGUACGGCCUGAUGGAGUACGUCGCGGACUGCGAGGACAACGACUUCGGCAACCCGACCAUUCUGGCCAUUUCCAUCGGGACCACCUUCAAGAACGCCGCCGCGGGGAGCAACGUCAGCUUAGCCGUCCAAUGGACGCCGCCUCAUCCGCCAGCGAAGCGGAUAGAGAGCACCGUCAAGCAAAAGUGGUUAUCUUACCUGGGAUGGUCCAGCAACGACGACGAAGAAGAAGCGUAUCACAAGCACAAGCACCAUCACGACUUCGCCCUCCCCUACUCAGCCGCCAACCUCCCGCGCUUCUCUCUGAUAGGCCACCUUGAGCCCAUCGAGGGCGGCGAUGAUCGAGACGGGCAUGAAGGCUCCCAGCUGGCGAAGUGCUUCGUCAAGUCGCAUCCCGACGCCAAAUAUUGGCUUCCCGGCAACCGGAUCCACGAAUCACACUUUGUGCGGCUCGUCGUGGAGCAGAUCUACUGGGUUGGUGGUUUCGGCGAUCGGGCAUUCAUUGGGUGGAUCCCAGUUGAGGAGUGGCAAAACGUCACGCGGGAGGAAUGGCAGAAUGUUCGCCUGCCCGGGGAGAAGAAGGGCUGGAAGGAGUGGUCUGUUGUUCCUGGAGAUCUAUAGAAGGGGGCUUUAAGAGACUGGGGCUUGUAAUGGUAUGUCUGUCUACCUUAGCGGCGACAGAGAUGAUGAGCGCCACGCUCCGAAUUUGUUGUAUUCGAAGUCGUUCACUUCCCUGAUAUAGCAACCACGUAUCAUGUUACAUAUCAAUUCUGUCAGGGAUUUUGCACUUGAUCCA